GCGACCACCGAGGGCAGCCUCAUUCCGCCCUACGAGCCGCCGUCGCCCGAGGACGAGGACAAGCAGGCCCCCCCCUCGCUGGAUGACACCACGUCCGCCGACGUCGAAUCCAACACGGAGAGGGACGCCACCGGUUCCGAGAUGGGCCGACCCGAGAUGAACCGCCCAGAGAUGAACCGUCCGGGCAUGGACAUCACCCUGCCGCCGCUGCCGCGGCCGAGCUUGCCGACGCCCGGCGCGGGCGGGGAAGCCGCUCCGGCCAAUGAAGGCGCCCCGCCGUCCCUGCCGUUCGGGUACGCCCCACCGGCGGGCGGAACGGACGCCUUCGGGCCGCCUACCCCGGCGUUUGAAAAGACGGUCCCUGCGUCGCUGCCCAAGUCCGCAGCGGGCAAGCGGGACCUGCCGCCGCCGCUGCCGGUCGGGUUCACGCAGAACGGCGUCGCCCCGGCGCCCCGGCGUCUGCCGACGACCUUCGGCCGCCCGGCCGCCGAGACGCCGCUGUUCGACGCGGCCAUCCAGCCUGCGUCGGCGAACCUGCCGAUCACCCGCUGA